GUGCAAAAAAUAAAUACAUUCUGUUUAUCACUCGCAGUUCUGAUAGUCGAGUGUGGUUGAGUGUACAAGUUUUUCAGGGAAACAACGAAAUUGUAAUCAUAUAAAACAAAAUGCCUUUUGAUAUAGUUGCGUACUCGUAUGCUGCCACAGUUGCGGCCGGUGGCAUACUUGGUUAUGUGAAAUCACAUUCGAUCCCUUCUUUGGGUGCCGGACUUCUCUUUGGAACAAUUUUGGGUUACGGAGCUUAUCAAACUUCAGCAGAUCCUACCAAUGUCGGAGUCCUCUUAGGAGCAAGCUCGACUCUUGGGGGAAUUAUGGGUUAUCGCUUUUAUAACACUGGUAAAAUAAUGCCAGCUGGAGUAAUCACCCUGAUCAGCGCUGCAAUGAUUGUCAGAACUAUUUUCAAAUAUUUUACUGCAGUUCCACCAAUGAAGGCACAAUAAAUAAGGAUCACUCAACAUUCACAGUCAAUAAGUUUAUCAAUCAUAAUAUUUUAACACUACCUGUGUUUCUUAUGCAUUUCUGUAGGUGAAGUGUCAACUGGAUGUAAAUGAUACAAUGUAUUGUUAAUGAUUUACAAUAUUAUUUAAGUUAGUUAUGAAAAUACGUGCAUACUAGUGUUCUACAAAUUGCUUUGUAAUAAUAAUAGCCUAAAACAAUACAAUUAUAAUUAUUUUACCAUUCUAUAUAUUAUGAAAAUACA